UUACCUGGGCGGUUGGAGGUAUCGGUAACGGCCGAGGAGGCGCCGCCGCCGCUGCUGCUGCGCUGAGGGAAAAUGCCGCUGGGUCUGAAGGGCAGGUGGAAGCACAAGUCGCGGGAUAGCACCACCUUGGUGGAGAAUGAAGGGGGCCCGGGUUGGAGGGGCGGCGGGACCGGGGCGUCCUCUCCCGGCGCGGCCGGCGGAGCCGGGCUGCCCGCGCCGCCGCCUCACGCCCGGCCCAAGCUGGUCUUCCACACGCAGCUGGCGCACGGCAGCCCCACCGGCCGCAUCGAGGGCUUCUCCAACGUCCGGGAGCUCUACGCCAAGAUCGCCGAGGUGUUCGCCAUCCCCGCCUCCGAGAUUUUGUUCUGCACAUUGAAUACACACAGAAUUGACAUGGACAAACUCCUUGGAGGGCAGAUUGGUCUGGAAGAUUUUAUUUUUGCACACACGAAGGGUCUCAGGAAAGAAGUGGAUGUAUUUAAGGCAGAGGAGGCUCUGGGAUUAACCAUUACCGAUAAUGGGGCAGGAUUUGCUUUCAUAAAGCGCAUCAAAGAGGGUAGUAUCAUCGAUCAAGUUAAAGUAAUUCUUGUCGGUGACCACAUCGAGUCAAUCAACGGCAAGGGUGUGGUGGGUUGCCGGCACUAUGAAGUGGCCAAGAUGCUGAAAGAGUUGCCAAAAGGCAAAACCUUCACACUAAAACUGGUAGAAACCACAAAAGCAUUUGAUGUAAUUGAGCCCCGGUCACGAGGAAAGCCUGGUGGUGAGGGCAAGAUUGGCACAGGAAGGGGCACACUACGAUUACGUUCAAAGGGACCUGCAACUGUGGAAGAAUUGCCUACUGAAUUUGAAGAAAAAGCAAUCAGUAAAGUUGAUGACCUGUUGGAAAGUUAUAUGGGCAUAAGGGACACAGAACUUGCUGCAACCAUGGUUGAGGUUGGAAAGGACAAGAAAAAUCCCGAUGAAUUUGCAGUGGCACUCGAUGAAGCCCUGGGUGACUUUGCAUUUCCAGAUGAGUUUGUUUUUGAUAUCUGGGGAGCCAUAGGUGAUGCAAAGAAGGGGAGACUUUAGUGCCAACAUUUCAAUAGGAAUUAAUAGGCAGUGUUUUGAAGCUCUUUGUUGAUUCUUUUUUUUAAACAUCAAAUGGACUUUGUAGCCUGAGAGUGGAGUGAGCACAUUUUUAAUUGAUGUGUUCAAUUUGCCCUGUGACUUCUCAGGAACAUAAGGCCAUCGGAAGACUAUCCAAUAAUACACAGAGCACUACCUUCCCAUGUUGCAGUAGAGGGCAAUCUUGCCUUUAUUAAUCACACCUUCUUUCUACAGGUCAUGAUAAAUUAUUGACGUAUUUAUCACCUCUGUUUCUCCCCGGUUUCCACUAGAGAGCAGUGCUAGAUGCCAACAUUAAGGGGGAUGAGACACAUACAAGCUCAGCCUUCCCAAUAUAAGGAUCUGCAGAAGGCGCAGCACUUGGCACCUCAAUAACUAUCACUGGGUAAAGUGUAAUAAAGGGAUUUAAGAGAGGUUAAUUUGAUGUCUAAUUAAAUAACAUGUACAGUUACAAACAUUGCCCUUUCUGACUGGAACUGUGGAAAAAUGAGAGUAUUUAAAAUUUACGACACCCAAGUUAAUUUUGGCAAGAGCAGUCUGAGGUGAUGAAAUAAGAGUACUGUAAUUAGUGUUACUCAUAUUGGCAGUUCCCAUCAGAAUCCUAAAUAAGGCAAGCAACAACAUUCAUUACUAAUUAUAAAUGGUAUUGGACCAAAGAUUUUGUAAGAAUAUUUGUACACUCCCUUAAUCCAAUGGGUUUUCGUAUAAUUUUAAACAUUUGGACGUAAUGUAUUUUGGAUCAAAAUGCGAGGAAUGACAAACGAGUAAGUGUUUUUAUAACUACAGUCUGGUUUUAUAAUUUACAAAGCCUUAAAUUGAUUUACCAUGGCGUGCCUAAUAAUGUUGCACUGUAUUUUUAUAACCAAAUUGUUUGCUAAUUUUGUCUGAAUCUUUGGUACCAGGGCAGCUGAUUAAUCAGAUAUUUGGUAGGAUUUCUAUUUUAAUAAUAAAUUUAGUACUUCCUGUUUUGGGUUCAUUUAAUCUGUAAAUACACAUUGCCUAUUGACGUAUCUGAAUGUAGAUUGGAGUUUAAUUGUGGUGGUUUAGGUUGGCAUUACUUGGGAUGAUGCCUUCUCUGGAACACCUGCCCCCAACACUCACUAAUUCAACAGCACUUCCUUAAUCCUCAGUGAUGCAGAGAGGCUUGGUAACCAAGACUUCUCACCAGAAUCAUUUUUGUCUAAUCCUUGUUUGAGUCACACUGUACAACUUUUUCCACCCACUGCUUGGAACAGGUUCACUUCACUUUUUAAUGUGGUAUGUACUGGAUAUAAUUAAUGAGAUUGCAUCAUGCAUUGGAUGUCUAUAAUCUUCAACAUAUUUAUUUAAGCUCUUUGUUCUACAUCCAGAUGGAUUUGUUGAUAUUACUAUAUUUUUCAAUGGGGUAUUGGUUCUCAAUCCAUUUUAUAUAACUGUAACACUACAUUUGCUUAAAAUGAAUCACUUACCUCAGAAACAGUUCUCAGAGAGCAUCCAAAUUUGGUCUCCAUGGGUCCGUGCCACGUAAUUUGGGUCUCAGGGGUGUGUGAUUUUCUGGAGUGGCCCAUGCUACAUUACUGUGCCCCAGGCCACAUAUCUGGGUAGUAUAUGAUCUGGUGUGGCCCACUCUAGUGGGCUGCAGAUGUAUAUGAUAGGCUGGGCAUGUACCUAGGUCACGGGGAUAUGUGAUGGUGCUACAUUAAACCAGAGAUAUAAUUGUAUAAACAUUCCUAUAUAUGUACAUACAUCACAAGCGAUUAAUGCCUGCAAGUUUGUCCACCAAUGAGACAUCCACUCCACCAAAGCUCUUUCCAAAUUUGGACCAAACAAAUUAAGAAAUGAGAAUAGCAAGGAGGUGGGAGGUGAUUCAUGAAUCUAAAUCUGGAUGCUUCAUCUUUAUGGGACCAGUUUUCUUUCGGAAUACAACCAACUUUCUUCUGCACUUUCAACCAAAGGGAAAAUAAAUCCUCCCAGUUAAAAAAAAAUGACUCUUUAAGCAUUGGUUUAUUAAGCAUGGACAGUUAUAACUGGGCUUCACAAUGCCAUAAAGAUUAUAAUGACUACUUUGCCUAAAGCAAUGCAUCUGUAUUGAACUACUGAAAACAAGAAAUGAUUUACACUACAUGUUAAAAUGCCUUCUGUAAAGAUUUUUUUCUAUUAAAGUUUUUUUC